UCACACUGAUUUCGAGUGAAAAUGUGUGCGUGUUGAUUUAUUUAUUGAGCGGCGCUUUGCGUUUAUUUAUUAAUAUUUAUUAAGUGCAAAUACUUUACCCACACCAUAGCGAAUAAAGUGCAAUAUAGAAUUGGGGGCCGUAUGUCGAGUGCGGGGGAGAGGAACGCGGCGACUAAGAAAAAAGACUCGACUCACACUGACGCACACUAACGCACUGGCGCGCGCUUUGCUGCGUCUGUGUGCGUGCGUGUGCUAGUGGCUGUGUGUGUAUAAGUGUAUCGCGCGAAGAGGGCGAGCAAGAAGAAGCAGGGACUCAAGUGAAAAACUCAAAACAAACUCAAAUGUCGGCGCAGGGCGAAGGGGGCGGAGCAGGCGGUGGGGGCGGGGCUGGCUCCGACGGCGGUGGCGGCGGCGGCAAUGCAGGCCAGAGCUCCACCGGAGGCGGCACAGUGGUCGUGACCAACGGAGGCAGUGCAUCCGCGAAGAACCAGCUGCAACUCACCCCGCGCUUCACCGCCGAGGAGAAGGAGGUGCUGUACGGCCUGUUCCAUCUGCACGAGGAGGUCAUCGACAUCAAGCACCGAAAGAAGCAGCGCAACAAGUACUCCGUCCGGGAAACGUGGGACAAGAUCGUCAAGGACUUCAACUCGCAUCCUCAUGUGAGCGCCAUGCGGAACAUCAAGCAGAUCCAGAAGUUCUGGCUCAACUCGAGGCUCCGCAAGCAGUAUCCGUACAGGGACGGCAGCUCCUCCAAUCUCAACUCUGGCAGCGCCAAGAUCAGCUCCGUAUCCGUGUCCGUCGCAUCAGCAGUACCGCAGCAGCAGCAACAACAACAGCAGCUCCACCAGCAGCACGACGGCGUAAAGGUGGAGCCGGAGUACCAGAUUAGUCCCGAUGCUUCCGAGCACAAUCCCCAGGCGGACACCUUCGACGAGAUCGAGAUGGAUGCCAACGAUGUGAGCGAGAUCGACGAGGAUCCCAUGGAGCAGCAACAGCAACAGCAGCAGGAGGCCCAAGCCCAAGCCCAGGCUCAGGCCCAGGCCCAGGCGCAGGCUCAAGUGCAAUCGGCUGCCGCCGAGAUGCAGAAAAUGCAACAGGUGAACGCGGUGGCGGUGGCGGCAGCGGCGGCGGCCAAUGCCACCAUGAUCAACACGCACCAGAUUAACGUGGACCAGAUCAGUGCGGAGAAGCUGACCCUGAACGACCUACUGCACUUCAAGACAACGCGCCCCCGCGAGGAAAUUAUUCUGCAGAUCAAGCACCCAGCAGAGGGUACUGCCACCCAAAUCCACACCAUACCCGCCGCGCCGCAGCAGCACCCGAUGGCCACCAUCACCGCCGGCGGCUACAACCAGCAGAUCAUCAGCGAGAUAAAGCCGCAGCAGAUAACUUUGGCCCAGUACCAGGCUCAGCAGCAACAGCAGGCUCAAGCGCAGGCCCAGGCUCAAGCUCAAGCUCAGGCACAGGCUCAAGCCCAGGCACAGGCUCAACAGCUCGCCCAGCAGCAGCUGGCGGCCGCUCAGCACCAGCAGCUGGCCGCCGCCGUCCAAGUGCACCACCAGCAGCAGCAGCAACAACAGGCUGCCGUUGCCGUCCAGCAGCAACAACAAGCAGCAGCGGCGGCGGCGGCAGUCAAGAUGCAACUGACGGCUGCCACGCCCACGUUCACCUUCAGCGCCCUGCCCACGGUGACGGCAGCGACGACGGUGCCUACUGCAGUUCCAGUGCCCGUGGCCACCGCUUCAUCGGCUUCCGGGAACUCGGCGGCAGUGAAUACAUCCACAGCCUCCUCAGUGAGUAUCAACAAUACGAGUCUGGGCGGAGGAGGAGGAGGCAAUGGAGUCACCAAUUCGCCCACUGCCGCAGCGGACAGCUUUGAGGAGCGGAUGAACUACUUCAAGAUCCGCGAGGCCGAGCUGCGCUGCAAGGAGCAGCAGCUUUCCACGGAGGCCAAGCGCAUUGAGCUCAACAAGGCGCAGGACGAACUCAAGUACAUGAGGGAGGUGCAUCGCCUGCGAGUCGAGGAGCUCAAGAUGAAGAUACGCAUCCUGCAGAAAGAGGAGGAACAGCUGCGCAAGAACUCCAACUCAUGAGAUCUGGAGGACAUCAGCGAUGCCGACGAGGAGGACGAGGGCACGGAUGCCUUCUUGGAUCGCUUCACCCAUGGGGGCUUCUAGUUUUAAGUGUAAAAUUACCAUCUACACCUACCCUAAAUCACGAACCCCCAAUCCCAAAUUCCACAUCCCAACUUCCACUUUCCCACUUUCCACACAUACAAUUUUUUUUGUUUAGGUUUUUCUUAUAGUUGUCGCGGGGCGGGGGACACCGGUGCGACUUUAGUCCACCGCUGGCCAGGAUUACCGACUAAGCCAUCACUAAUUGUAAAUCGCAAUCAAUCAAUAAUUAUACAUACACACAAAACACACAGAAAAAUAUAGAGGGCGUGGCCGGCAAAUCCACGAUGAAAACUUAGAAAA